AAGAGAGAGAGAGAGAGAGAGAGAGAGAGAGAGAGAGAGCCACAGUAAGGUUGUCACUGGUUUCACCGGUCAUAAACUGAACAGCACACAGGAUUACCACACAGCACAAUGUGAAAAACAUUUGGGAUAGAGACAGAUCUUUUAUCUCUAAAACUGAAAAACAGCAUCUUCUGCUCCAACUAUGACAGUGUGGGGGUCCAGAGUGAAGCGCUACAUGGGGCCUAACAUCUACACGGUGCCUCCAGAUGGUGGCUGGGGCUGGGUGGUGGCGGUCUCCUUCUUCCUGGUGGAAGUGUUCACCUACGGAGUCAUCAAGAGCUUGGGUAUCUUCCUCCAGGACCUGAUGGGGGAGUUUGGGGAGAGCAACAGCCGAGUCUCUUGGAUCAUCUCCAUCUGCGUCUUCACUAUGAGUUUCACUGCUCCUCUUGCUUCUAUAAUGACCAAUCGAUUUGGGUUCCGGCCAGUUGUUAUGAUUGGUGGACUCCUCAUCUCCAUAGGAACCAUCGCCAGUGGCUUCACCAGCUCCAUCAACGAGAUGUACAUCACCAUUGGACUCGUUGCAGGCCUGGGGUACUGUCUGACCUUCCUGCCCACCGUCACCCUACUGUCUCAGUACUUCUCCCAGCGACGUUCCCUGGUCACAGCUGUCGCCUCCACGGGAGAGUCCUUCUCUGUGUUCGCCCUCGCCCCAGCAUUCUCUGCUCUGAGGGACUGUAUCGGCUGGCGUUACACUCUGGUGGUGAUCGGAGCUCUGCAGGGCAUCAUCAUCAUCUGUGGAGUUUUGCUAAGACCAAUCUUCAUCAGACCUGGACCAGCCACUGAGACAGAGACAGGUGGACUGGCUGACCAAGAGCUGAAGGCUCUGAACACACAGGAGGAGUCCUACACUAAGGAGAGACUGUACACUAAGGACAUUUCAUAUGCUAAGGAUAGCUAUUACACACCGCAGAGUUCCUACUCUCAGGAGAACAAGCUGACUCAUUGUUACUCCCUGAGCUCUGAGUCUGAGGACUCUGGGGUCCAGUCCCUCCAUCACCAGGUCCUGGAUGAUGGUAGCAAGGCAGGGAUGGAUAUUCCUCUGAAUGGGAAAGAGGAGAAGGGAGAAAAGGAGGGAAAAGAGAGAAGAGAGAAGGAGGCGUCUUCACAGCUGUGCUUAGGAAGCAAGAAGGAGAUGGAGAAGGACGAGGAGCAGACAUGGACAGUAUCCGCCCAAAAGCCCAAACUCCUUGACUUCUCCGUGCUGAGAGAAGGCAGCUUCAUUUGCUAUGCUCUCUUUGGCCUCUUCGCCACAUUGGGUUUCUUUGCCCCUCAGCUCUACAUCAUUGAGCUGAGCGUGAGCCGUGGCGUGGAGCGUGACCGUGCAACCUACAUGCUCUCCGCCAUGGCGGUUGCAGAGAUCUUUGGUCGCCUCUCCAUUGGUUGGGUGCUAGGCAGGAAACUGUUUAGAGGCAGGAAGCCCUUGGUGCUGCUAGGAUGUGUAAUCCUGCUGUGCCUGGUGCUGGUGGCCUUUACCCUGGUGUGGGAGUUCUGGGGCCUGGCGAUAUGUUGUGGGUUCUAUGGUUUUUUCAUGGGCACUGUGUCCUCAACGCAUAUACCCAUGCUGGCAGAGAAAGAUGUGGUGGGCAUAGAGAGGAUGGCGUCGGCCGCAGGAGUCUAUGUGUUUAUACAGAGCUUCGCUGGGCUGGCCGGACCACCUCUAGGAGGUGUUCUGGUGGACCUGACUCAGAACUACGGCUCAGCUUUCUACUCCUGUGCGGUGGGUAUGGGUUUGGGAGCUGUGUUCCUGGGACUGGUACGACCAGCCAAGAGAGGCUUGCCCUGCUGCAGCAAGAGGGGGCCUCAAAAUUGCCCAGAACCAGGGAACCCUGUACCUCAGCGAGAGGGGAAGGAGGCCCAGGACAGAGAUAGUCUUCAGGACUUCCUAGAAGUUGACCUUGAUUUGGACCAGAAACAGGAAAUCAUUACUGAAAAAGGCCAACUGAUGACAAUCUCUACUUGAAAAGACAUCACACAGCUCAGAAGGAAACCCCAUAAGAGUCUGAACUGAAGUCUUGGCUAAGCUAGUGCUGAUUGAGACAAAUCAGACAAAUAUGUGAAUAAAGAAUGCCAUGGACGGAUAAGGAAUCUCUAUCGUGUGAUUUCAGAUCUGGUUUCGGGAGUCUGGAGAGGUUUCAUAUCUCCAGUCACUCACACUGAACAAAGGAAAGGGCAUACUAAACAUCCUGGAUGUAAGGGGUGAAAUUAGCACUACAAACCUUGUUGUAAACUGAGACAACAAUGUUAUUAUUGCUUCCCUGAAUAUCAAAACACUGUGUUUUAACUCAUGGUACUGUUAGAGAGGAUAUACAAACAAUAUGUAGAGGCCAGUUAUUAGAUUUAUGAAGUCAGCUGGGAAACCUUAUUACGCUCACACUUGAUUUCAAAGGUCAAUUGUAAGGCAACUAGCUGCAAUAGGAUUUUGAGUUUCCUCCCCAAAAUAACAUUAAAGUUGAUUCAACUUACAAUUGUAUCUCAUUUGGGAGUAAUGCUGAACAAACAUACAUUCUCAAGUUGAAUUGUAUGCUCACUCAACUUUUAAUUUUAGGUUGAGUGAACAUACGCUGAACAAAAAUAUAAACGCAACAUGUAAAGUGUAAAGCCCAUGUUUCAUGAAUGUCAUGUUAUUUCUCCACCAUAAGCCACCUCCAACAUUGUUUUAGAGAAUUUGGCAGUACGUCCAACCGGCCUCACAACCGCAGACCAUGUUUAUGGCGUUGUGUGGGCGAGCAGUUUUCUGAUGUCAACGUUGUAAACAGAGUGCUCCAUGGUUGUGGUGGGGUUAUGGUAUGGGCAGGCACAAGCUACAGAAAACAAACACAAUUGCAUUUUAUUGAUGGCAAUUUGAAUGCACAGAGAUACCGUGACGAGAUCCUGAGGCCCAUUGUCGUGCAAUUAAUCUGCCGUCAUCACCUCAUGUUUCAGCAUGAUAAUGCACAGCCCCAUGUCGCAAGGAUCUGUGUACAAUUCCUGGAAGCUGAAAAUGUCCCAGUUCUUUCAUGGCCUGCAUACUCACCAGACAUGUCACCCAUUGAACAGGUUUGGGAUGCUCUGGAUUGACGUGUACGACAGCGUGUUCCAGUUCUAGACAAUAUCAAAUAUAACUUUGCACAGCCAUUGAAGAGGAGUGGGACAACAUUCCACAGGCCACAAUCAAGAGCCUGAUCAAUUAUAUGCGAAGGAGAUCUGUCACGCUGCAUGAGACAAAUGGUGGUCACACCAGAUAAUGAAUGACUGGUUUUCUGAUCCAAGCACCCCAUUUCUUUAAAGGUAUCUGUGACCAACAGAUGCAUAUCGGUAUUCCCAGUCAUGUGAAAUCCAUAGAAUAGGGCCUAAUUCAUUUAUUAAAAUUGACUGAUUUCCUUAUAUGAACUGUAACUCAAUAAAACAUUUGAAAUCG